AUGGGUGCUUCAAUUGGAUCGAAAAACUUUUAUAUUUGCUUAGGCUCACUUCCAAGAGAUGAAGAUAUUGCUAACAUCACGGGCAUUAAUGGAGAACAUUUGAACAGUAGAAAUAAUGCAGAUGUUGAAGCUAUUCGAUUAACAGAUGAUUGGUUGACAGAAGUACCAUUCGGCAUUGACAAUUUUUUUCCAAACAUUCUACUUUUUUACAUGACGUAUAAUCCACUUAAAACAGUCAAUUCAAAUCAACUACAACAGUUUCCUAAUUUGGAAUAUUUGUGGCUACAUGAAAAUCAAAUCGAAACCAUUGAAGUGAACGCAUUCACUUACACGCCAGCAUUGCGUGCGAUCCGUUUUAGUGGAAAUAAACUUGAGACGAUCCCAUAUAACGUCUUUCAACCUUUGUAUUUGAAAGUUUUGCGAAUGUCGAGAAACAUUUGCAUUACCGAUGCAGCAGAAACGCCUGAAGAUGUAAACAAAUUAAUUGCAAAAAUUGAUAUUUUGUGUUCACCACUAGGUGCUAUCAUGAAUGAAACAUUGAAUGAUUUGUUGAUCACACAUUCUGUAAACAUUGAGGAUAUAACGACAAUGAGAGAGAGUUUCGAGAAAUCUGUGACAGAAUUAAAAAAUGAGAAUGAAAUUUUAAAGAAAAACUUAACAGAUUUAGAUGAUACGAUAUCAGAUUUAAAGGUUUUGGAAGAAGCUGUUAACAAUUUUACAAGUGAAAUAACUGGAAAAUAUUCGAAUGCAAACAUAACACUUACAAUGUUGGAAGAUUUAUUGAAAUCGAUAGCAUCCAUUAAAACCCCACAAAAUAGAAAAAUGAGAAUUGUUUGUGAUGCAUGUGAUAAAAUAUUCCACGACCGACUCAAAUUUAUAAAACACAGAUGUUUGAAAUAUAAGACAAGAAAUUAUAAAUGCAACUUAUGUGAAAAAGCUACUUCUAAGUAUGGACCAGGACUAAAAAGGCAUAUACGUCAAAGUCAUGGAGAAAAGUAA